AUGCACUGGUCAGCGGUUUGCGAGAACAGGGAGGGUGGAGCGGGCGGCCGAGGAAGAGGUGGAAGCGGAGGGAUGCUGCCCCCGUUCAGGAUCGCCGUGCUGGGGGCACAGGGAGUGGGAAAGACAGCCAUCGUGAAACGCUUCCUCCACGAUGACUACAGCGACGUGCCCGCGCCGAGCCGGGCACGCAGGGUUCACCUGUCCGCCGCCGUGCUCAACGGGCACGUUCAUGACCUGCAGAUCACGGAUUACCCGGCCAUUAGCAGCUUCCCCGUCAGCUCUCUGCAGGAGUGGUCUGACGCGUGCUGUCGAGGAAUUCGCAGUGCACACGUUUACAUCCUGGUCUACGACAUCUGCUGCUUCGACAGCUUUGAGUACGUCAAGACCAUGCGUCAACAGAUCUUAGAGACCAGGGUGCUUGGCACGGCAGAGACGCCCAUCUUGAUCGUGGGUAACAAGCGUGACCUGCAGCGUGGUCGGGUCAUCCCUCGUCACAACAUUUCGGACCUGGUGCGUAAGAGCUGGAAAUGCGGGUACGUGGAAUGUUCCGCCAAGUUCAACUGGCAUGUGCUGCUCCUGUUCGGAGAGGCUCUCCGGAGCGUGGGCUGUGCCCGCUGUAAGCACGUCCAUGCCACCAUCCGUUUCCAGCGGGCGCUGAGACGGGAGCGAUGCACCCUCAUGUGA